GCCAAACUUCUUGGUCCGAUGACCGCUGCGGCAGAGCUAGUUGUGCCAGACAUAUUGGUGGGACUUGACACAUCCAACCUCAGAGGUCUUUUGGAGGCGAUUCUGGCUCGACUUAGACAGGCUGAACUACAGCUGACACAAAGAGAAUUUGAAGUCCAAGACCUGCAGGAACGCGAGGUCGAUUUGAGCUCUCGGCUCACAAAGUUGGAGGAAGCCUUUGCGGAAGAGAUGGAUGACGGACCUGCACUCCCUUCGGCCACAGUGGCUUCAGCAACCUCGCUGACCUCACUGCAAUCCCCCACAUCACCAAGAACACCAGGAGGAGGCCUAACACGUGGCAAAUCAAAACGCUUUCUGGAUUGGGAGAUCCGCAUGGACGACCUUGAGAAAAUGAUCCACUUUUGUGAAGGCAAGCAAAAGACUGUGAACGAGUUGGUGGAACAGUUGCGAGACGACUCUGCAAGAAGAGAGCACAUGGUCAAGUCCUUCGACAUACAACUCAGGGAUUUGCGCAGCAGCACACACGAGCAGAUGGACGAGCUUUUGGCAGAAAUGAAACGGAUUACUGAGGCUACCAGUGAAUACACAGAUGACAUCCAAAAUUUGAAAGUGAAGCUGCAGGCGGCGCAGAACCUUCUGGACCGAAUUGACAUGGCCGCCUUCCGCCAGGAACUCGAUGACGUGGCGAAGAGAUUGGAAACCAGGCUUGCUGGCCGUGUUGAAACUGUCUCAGCUGAUUCCAAACGUGAGCUGGAGCGUAAUCGACUGGAUCUUGAAAAAGCUAUCAGCCGCUGCAGAUCACAGCUGAAUGAUUUGGUGGAGGGUGCAUUGGAGAAUCUUCGGUACAGUUUGGGGCAAAAAGUUCUCAUGCUCAAUCCUGAAGAAGGGGUGGCCGCGGGCACCUCCAAACACUGCAUCUCUUGCUUCAAAGAUCGCUCGCAGUCACCUGUACGAGGUUCGGUUGGAAGCGACGGCCAUCUCUACCCACAUCCAGCCGAACCUGCAGCUAUCCCAGAGGAAGGCAGCCCUGAGCAGCGAAACUCACCACUUAUUAGUACGCUCCUGGCCACCCGCGAGAGAGCGCGUCCAUUGCGGCCAGUGUCAGCACGAGGUCGGAAGCCCGAGAGAUAUGACACGGUGCUUGAUAGUUAUUCCCGCAUGUUGGCUCGGGCCAAUGAGAAGACCUUGGGCAAACUGGUAGGAGUUGCUCAAUGAAAUAGGUAUUGGCAACAUAGGCCAAAAUGACCAAAGGUGUCAAAUCCAUCAGGUCCAUUUAGAUCUUGAGUCGACCAUCUAUCCAUGAC